CUCUGAUAAAAGAUGCUCAACAGAACAGACUACUGAAAGGUCGCUAUCGCUGGUAACCUAAUUUGACCUAAAUGCCACAUAGACCAAACCAAUCGAUCGCAGACACUUCCGAGGCGAGCUAAGUUCCCGACGAGAGCAGACGGCGACCAUCCGAGUUUCGUUUUUUAAAGUUCGUUGUUUGGCAUCGGUCUUUUAAUAAUGGCAACUUCAGUUAAGUUGAAUACUUGCGCAGAAAUGCCCAUAGUCGGUCUGGGUACCUGGAAGUCUCCCCCAGGUAAAGUCGCGGAGGCGGUCAAGGCUGCUAUCGCUGCCGGCUACCGCCAUAUCGACGGUGCCUAUGUCUACCAGAACGAGACGGAGGUCGGUCAGGGGAUCCACGCCAUGAUCAAAGACGGUGUUGUGAAGAGAGAGGAUCUCUUCGUCGUCAGCAAGCUGUGGUGCACCUUCCAUGACAAGGCGGCCGUAAAGGGGGCGUGUCAGAAGACCCUGAGUGACCUGCAGCUGGACCAGCUGGACCUCUACCUGGUGCACUGGCCAAUGGGCUUUCAGGCUAGCUCUGAAAUGAUUCCUCUGGGAAGUGAUGGAUUAACUCUGAAUGACGACACCAGCUUUGUUGAUACCUGGGAGGCUAUGGAGGAGCUAGUGGACUGUGGACUGGUCAAAGCCAUUGGCGUCUCCAACUUCAACCAGCAGCAGAUUGAGGCCAUCUUGAACAAGCCCGGACUCAAGUACAAGCCUGCCAACAACCAGAUUGAGUGCCAUCCGUACCUGACCCAGGAGAAGCUGAUCAGCUACUGCCACUCAAAAGGCAUCAGUGUGACGGCCUACAGUCCUCUGGGCUCACCAGACAGACCAUGGGCAAAGCCAGAUGAUCCUUCCCUGCUUGAAGACCCAAAUAUCAAAGCCAUCGCUCAGAAGCACAACAAAACCUCGGCCCAGGUUCUGAUCCGGUUCCAAAUCCAGAGGAACGUCAUCGUCAUUCCCAAGUCCAUCACUCCUCAGCGCAUCCAGGAGAACUUUCAGGUCUUUGAUUUUAAGUUGAGUGAUGAGGAGAUGAACACCAUUCUUGGCUUCAACAGAAGCUUCCGGGCCUGUCCCAUGCAGUGGGCAGCCAAGCACAAGGAUUACCCCUUCAACGCCGAGUACUGAUGACCUCAGCACACCACUCCUCUUCAGCUGCUCUGAUUGGCCAGACUCUACUCUCCGCUGCUCUGAUUCGCCAGGCUCUACUCUCCGCUGCUCUGUGAUUGGUUG